AUGAAUGAUGACCUUCCAUUUGGGUCAUUGCUAUAAGAGUUGUCUUAUUACAUAUGUAAAUAUACGGAUCUAAACCGCGGAACGAACAUCAUCUCGUUGUAGUCUUGUUAUAAAAACCGUGAAGUGUAGUUUGUUUUGUGUGUUCGAAGGUUUUGAGCGCAUGAGCAUAAUGUUUCGGCAGGCAAGACGCCUAGAUGCCAGCAGGCGGUUCGUGAAGUUGUUCGCGAUCCUGGUGCUGAUAGUCGGCUUCGAAAGCUCGUCGGCGGCCACCACAUACAAACGGCCCGGACAGUUCAGUUCACCAGACCCCAAGAGACAGAAGGCCGGUAGUACCAUCAUGGAUCCAGCGUUCGCUAACGCCGGCAAGGAGGCUGGAUUGGAAAUCUGGAGGAUUGAGGACUUUAAACCUGUACGUUAUCCCAAGAGUGACUAUGGAAAAUUCUACACUGGAGACUCUUACAUUGUUUUAUUUACCAAAAUCAACAAGAACAAACAGAAAUCUUGGGAUAUCCACUUCUGGCUGGGCUCUGAGACAAGUCAGGACGAAGCUGGAUCCGCAGCAAUUCUGACAGUGCAACUGGACGAGCAGCUUGGCGGUGACCCAGUUGAGUACCGUGAAGUGCAAGAGCACGAAUCCCAACUCUUCCUUUCCCAUUUCAAAAAUGGUGUAAGAUACUUGCCGGGUGGCGUCCAAUCUGGUUUCCACCAUGUGGACAGAAACGCCUACGAAAAGAGGUUGUUCCAAGUCAAGGGCUCCAGAAACAUACGCGUCAAACAAGUCAGCCCCAGCAUCGCGUCCAUGAACAAAGGCGACUGCUUCAUCCUCGACGUGGGUUCAGACAUUUACGUCUACGUUGGUCAGAAGGCCAAACGUGUGGAAAAACUUAAGGCAAUCGGCGCCGCAUCUCAAAUUAGAGACCAAGACCACGCGGGAAAAGGAAAGAUCACCAUUGUUGAUGAGUUCAGCCCCCAAAGUGACUUCGACAACUUCUUCAAAGCACUGGGAGAAGGCAGCCAAGCCACCGUACCGGAAGAAAGCGUAGGCGGUGACGACCAACAAUUCGAAAGCAACGAAGAACGAGUCGUCACGUUGUACCGCGUGUCGGACGCCAGCGGCUCCCUGAAAGUCACCCCCGUAGGCCAGAAGCCUCUCGUGCAAUCCGCUUUGGACACCAAUGACUGCUUCAUCCUCGACACCGUGGACGCCAACAUCUUCGUCUGGGUUGGCAAGAAGUGCAACGCCAAAGAAAAGGGUGAAGCCAUCAAAAAGGCCGAAAACUACAUGACCUCCAAGAAGUACCCCAAGUGGACGCACAUCCAGAGACUGGUCGAGGGAGCCGAGACAACACCGUUCACCCAGUACUUCAAGACCUGGAGGGCUUUCGGGGAGCGCAGCGAUCGCCUGGUGCGUUCCGCCAGCAACGACGUCGACGCCGACUGGGAACCGAGACUUUUCCACGCCGAAAUUCGUACUAAGGGCGGCAAGUUCAGAAUUGAGGAGGUGCACAACUUCGAACAGAAGGAUCUUAAUGAGGACGACGUCAUGGUUUUGGACAAUGGCUUGGAACUGUUCGUGUGGAUUGGUAACGGCGCUAGCCCCGAAGAGAAGGAGCAAAGCGAAACUCUAGUGGAGAAAUACUUGAAAGAACUGGGACGCGAUGGUGUUAAGGCUGUAACAGUAGCACAAGGAGAUGAACCAGAGUCAUUCAAACAAGUUUUCCCCUCUUGGGAUGCCAAAUUAUGGGACAACGUACCACACUACAGAGAUUUGGUUCAAAACUAAGACUGCUUUGCAUUUACAAAGAAGCUUUAUGCUGUAUUUUAUCAAAUAUAUAUAUCAAGUGCUAAAAUUAUGAAUAAAAUUACAUUUUUUAUAAAAUAUUUUAUUUUGACCUAUUAACUUAUAUAAUAAUUGUACAACAUUUAGAAAUAAUAAAGUGAUAUUUAAUAAACUGAGAAUCUA